AUGUUAAAUUCUAAUCAUACUGAUGGUAUUUAUUGUAUAGAACAUUUGACAAACAUUGGUUAUUAUAUUUAUAAAAUAGGUCAAACAAGUGAUUCAAAUAAAAUACAACUAUCUUUAAUAACUAAUAACCAGUUUGAUAAAUGGAAUGUUCUUUUAAACAACGGAUCUUUUACAAAAGAAUUUAGACAAUUUUUAUUGGAUACACAUUGUUAA